CCCCGCCCUCAGUUUGAUUUAAGCGGGUAACAGUAAAGCCCCCUGAAGAGUACAGAGGAAAUGUCAGUCAAAAACCCUAAAAGCCCUACAACAUGGCGAUAUACAUGGGAGGCACAAUCUCACUCCCCGACCCUCCGUCUGUACCUUUUUGAUUCCCUUACGAAGCCCUCCAUUCAAUGCAGGAACCUUGACACCAGGCUGGUUCUCUCACAAUCUCACCUCCUCGUUACCUGGAUCGACGAGGAGGUAGAGGAAGAUGAAGACAUUAAAGAGAUCUCACUUAGGGUUCCGGUUCCUCGGGUUCUAAUCGACGCGGAAUCUCCAGUAAAUGUCAGAGCUUUAGAUGAUCACAUCGAGAUCAAGCUCGUCUUGAUUCUUCCCGUCGACCACCCUAUCAUUUCGAGCUUCGAUUCUGUUCUGAAUUUAUCGGAAGGCCUUAAAAGUGCGGUUUUGGAUAGCUUACAGCCGCUCGUGAUGGAUUCUGAUUUGAAGCGUUUAUCAGCAACGGAAGGAGUAAACUUUUACUGCAGAAGCUGCUCGACUACACUGACAAGAAGUCCAAUCAGGAAUUUUAUGGAAAUGCCAUCUGUUAACUGGCAAGAGGUGGCUGACAACUGGUUUGGAGGUUGCUGUUGUUCCUUUGGAGGUAUUAGUGAGAAGCUGGUGACUAGGUAUGCAAAGUCCUAUUCAUGUGCCAAGGGUUUGUGCCUCUUAAAUAUCUCGACUAUUACUCUCUGCAAGGAUGAUCUUGUGGAGUGUGUGUUACCUGAAUUCAAUAGAACCCAAGAGCAUCACUGCAAACCAAAAUUUUCUGCUGAUGGCAGCAUGAAAGAAGCUGCUCUAGAUUCUGGAAAUAAUCAAGAAAAAGUAACAACCCAUGAAAAUGAAGGUGAGAGCAGACGUGACCUUAGUGGCGAUCAAUUGGAUAAUGGACAUUUUGCUGCAAAGGUCAAUUGUGCAAAUACUAUUGAAGAAACUAUCAGUGGCAAUUCAUUUUGCAAAAAACCAAUACCAGAUUUCUGUGAAAUUAUGGGAUCAAUACCUGGUUGUGUGCAUACAGAAGGCCCCUGUUGUAGUGAUAUCCAUGAACCUAGGACACCUGAUGCAUCUGGAACUUUCCAGAUGGACCCAAAAAUUACAAUGACUAUGGAACUAGAUGGAAAUAAGAAGCAUUUUCUUAAUGGCUUCCUUGAAGAUAUUUUCAUGGCUAGAUCAUCCAAUCUCUCAAUGAAAAUUCAAUGGGUUGAAUUUGUUUGCCCUCAAUGUUCAUCUCUUCUUGGAGCUUAUCCUUGUGAUGGUGAUGCACUUAUAGAUGAUGGAGUUCGACUACUUAAAUGUUAUAUCUCCACUUCUUCACCAGUUGGGGGAUCAAGUGACAUGUUCAGGAAAUAUACUUUGGGAAGAAUGUUUACAAAUCAGCUGAUGGAAAGUGCAAAAGAUGAAUUAUCAUUUCGGAUUUUGGUUAAGGAUUUGACAAGCAGAUCUCCAAUGUUGCUAGUUACUCUCCUAAAUCCAAAUUCUUGGAAUAGUACUGGCUAUUGUUUGGGUAGAGAGGAUACCAUGGAAUCAGCUUUUAAGUCAGACCUUCUCCCUGUUGUUAAGGUGCUCUUUUCUGAUUGUAGCAACAGCGCAGAGUCUCAGAUAAGGAUGUUGGAAAAUUGGGUGGCAAAAAGUUUGGCUGAUGAAGUUUUCAUUCUGAAGAGUCAAAUAAAACAAUUGAUUGAGUUACUGGCAUCAGCAAAUGAACUACUUCCAGCCUCGUGCACGGAUCUUCAGGGUGUACCUGUUUCGUUUCUACAACGGUAGAAAGCAUUGCUUAGUUGAAAGCUUUUGAUAUGUUGAUUCUGAUUUGACAAAUUGGAAGUAAUGAAUUGGUAAGUGGUGAUGUUAUAUUCUGCACCAUAAUCUGCCUGUUCCUUUUCUGCAUUUAAUUAUGUGAAGAUACUGAGGCAAUGAGGAAGCUGUAGAAUAUUUCAGACAAAAGCAUACGAGGUUUCUUUCUUCAACUUAAGGUGAAACCGCAAAUGCUGGUUUGACAUACUCAGCCAUAAUUCUCAACAGCGUGCCUAUUGUAAUUGCACUUGUUCCCUUGCUGGUGUUCUUUUAUUCAAGGAGCUGGGUUGAUUUAUGAAUCAGGUCACAAAUAUUGAUUGUCAUUGGUAGAAGAGAGUGGAGUCUUUUGUAGAAUCCAUGUCCAUCUCCAACUGCUCUUUGACCAUUAAAGCACUAUCGCCAGCUUGGUGCAUUACCUUUGGUGCCAGAUCGUAUGGUCCUCUGGGGGCUAUAUGGUUCUUCACGUGCCGUGGGAGUGUGCAAGUGCAACAGCUUGGUUCAUGAUGGAGGGCACAGAAGUAGAUGGUGAAGUUUCAGUCUCCUGAUGUAUUAAGUGCUGGACUAUUGGAAGAGUAAGAGUGGUGGAGAGGUGUUUUACAACAAUGCCUACUGGCCAGUCACAACUGUUAGGUCCAGGACAAUGGGCUAUUUUCUCUCCAGUUCGAAGCAAAAAUGUUGUAUUUAUUUUUUGAAUUUAUAUUAAUUCAUGAGAAUUUUCCAUUUUACUGUU